AUUCCAAACUCAAAUCGGACGGUUAUCAAGCGCGCUACUCCGCUGCCCCGAGGUAUUCCGGAACCGAAGCACAUAUUUUUUUCUGAACCAAAAAUCGGGUUAUCGUGGUGACCGACUAAUAGGGCAAAGGGGGAGUUAAUUCCCCGCUAAUUAGUUUCAAUUGGGCGAAAGCAGAAAAGGAGCCAAACGAUUACAGCGGGCGAUGGAAAGAAGAGGCAGCAGCGACUGUGAGCAGUGAUCGUGCGCUUGUGGCCAGCCAUCUCUAUCUCUCCCUAUGUGCGUGUGUUUGUGCUGGAAUGGAAUGCAGUUACGAAAAAAAUAAAUAAAUAAUUGAGAGCGCCCGCGCUCUCCGCUCUCCGCUCUCUCCCUGCGCGCGUGUGAGUGUGUCCGUGGUGUGCCAGUGUGUGAGUGUCUCCAUUAUCGCCGGAGUAAAGAAACGGAAUGAAAUGUCUUUGCUAAUGUAAACAGCGCAAAGAGAAACCCCCCGAAAAAGAAGCUGAAGCAGAUAGCAAAAAGAAAGAAAGAAAAACGCGCGUCGCGACGGCUGAAAGGUAAAACAAAGUUUUCUCAGACUCCCAAGUACACAGAGAGAAAAAACGGCGCACAAUGCCGAAUCUGCAGCAAACCGCUUCGCAAUCGCAGCCCCACCUGCCUCCCCACCACCUGCGACCUCACCCCCACCACCAGCAGCAGCAGCAGCAACACGCGCAUCACCAGCAGCAGCAGCACCACCAUCAUCAUCAUCAGCAGCAGCAGCAACAACACCACAGCGACUUCCCACUUCCCGAGGGCUGGGACAUUGCCAAGGAUUUCGACGGCAAGACCUACUACAUAGACCACAUCAACAAGAAGACCACCUGGCUGGACCCCAGAGACUGCUACACAAAGCCGCAGACCUUCGAGGACUGUGUGGGCGAUGAGUUGCCCGUGGGCUGGGAGGAGUCCUACGACCCGAACAUUGGGCCCUACUACAUCAACCACCUGGCGCAGAGCACCCAGCUGGAGGACCCGCGCCAGGAGUGGAAGAGUGUCCAGGAGCGGAUGCUGAGUGACUAUCUGUCGGCGGCGCAGGAUCAGCUGGAGAACAAGCGGGAGAUGUUCGAUGUCAAGCAGCAGCGACUUCUCUGGGCCCAGGAGGAGUAUAACCAUCUGAAGCUGGCCGCCAGUCGAAGCAGUCUGUGUUCUUCCUCCAGCUCGAUGAGCCGGCACGAUCCGGAACUGCUGAGGGCCGACCUGAUGUUGGCCAGGGAGCGCGUCCACCAGCUGAAGCAAGAGCUGACCCACAUUACCAAUGAUAUAUCCUACACGGAGCGCGGCAUGAACACGCUGUACUCGGUGGGCGAGAAGAUCAAUGCCCGGGAGAACGGCUGCUACGACAUCGCAGAGGUCCAGGCGAUUCGCGAGGAGAUGCUCAAGGUGCACAAGUCGCUGGUCUCCGGCGAGAAGGUGCGCGAGGAGCUGAUGCGCAGUCUGGUGCAGAUCAAGAACGAGCUGAGUCGCCAGCAGAUCAGCGAGGAGAACGCCGACCUAGCCUCGCCCUUCGACCGCGUGUGCGUGGCCAGCCAGACGGAUCUGUGCGGAUCAUCGGGGGACAACCUGAACGGAGGAGCCCGCUUUGCGGAGAUGGCCAAGACCAAGUUGCAGUACGCCGAGUGGCGAAAGCACAUCAAGAAGCUGCAGCAACAGCUGGCCGACCACGUGGAGCGCAUAGAGCCCGGCCAGCUGGAGUCGGACAAGGAUCGCAUCCUGCUCAUCCAGGAGAAGGAGAAGCUGCUGAACGAUCUGAACAGCAUUUCGCUCAAGUCGCGCAGCGAGGAGGAGAAGCGGGUGAUCCAGCAGACGCGCCACAAGCUGGAGGAAGACCUCAAGGAGGCCUACGAGGCGAACAACACGUGUGUGGCCAACCGGCUGCGCUUCCACGAGGAGAAGCAGCUGCUGCUGGACAAGCUGCAGGAGGCCCUCAAGUCCACCAAGCUGCUCGAGGAGCGACUAAAGUCCUUCUCCUCGGAGAGCACCUUCUCCAUCAGCAGUGGCAGCAGUCUGGGCUCCCUGUCCACGGCCAGCAGCAAGAGUGCCCUGAGUUUCACCGACAUUUACAUCGAUCCCUUUGCCGUGGACUCGCCCAUUGACGUGGUCGAUCUAAGGCGUCGCUCGCAGAGAUUGUUCCAGCAGCACCAGCAGCAGCGCCUGCAUCCCGUCCAUCCUGUCCUUCAGCAGCAGCAGCAGCAAUCCACGGAGGUCACGCUUUCGCCUAGAAGCAGCCUCUCCAUGGAAACGCCGCCCGCCUCGCCGAUGAAGUAUAAUCCGGGAGCGGAUCAGGCGCCACAGGUCCUCAAAGAGGAGCCCACCUAUGCCAAUGCUCUGCCCGCGCCGCCCGCCUACACAGCCCCGCCCCCAGUGCCGAUUUCCGGGGUGAGAGCACGUCCCUACGACCUGGACUCCACUGUGCUCGACUGCAUGAUGCUGGAGGCCAAACUGCAGAAGCUGAACAUGGGCACGCCGCUCAACUUGGCUGCUGCCCCUCUCUCCCCCAUUUCGGAGAAGCCCUCGCUGCUGGAUCUGCCGCAGGAGAUGCUCAGCCGAUCCUCCUCCACCUCCAAUACUCGAUCCGUUUCGGCGGCGGUCAGCAAUGAGUCCGUGGCCGGCGAUUCCGGCGUCUUUGAGGCUUCGCGUGCUCAUCUGCCGCGCAAGGAACUGGCCCAAGUCCAGAUUGGCUUGAAGUAUCUGAAGCAGGAAGGAGUGCUCGUCGUGUCUCUGGAGCGGGCCAACAAUCUGCUGGCACUUUGGACUGCCUCGGCGGACAACUCGCAAGUGUAUCUACGUGCUGCGUUGCUGCCGAAUUCGCUGACCUCCAUUAGGACCAAGGCACUGAGCGAUUUCCAGAAGCCUGUCUUUAAUGACACAUUCGCCGUGCCCAUCACGCUGGACAAGCUGCUCACCAAGAGCCUGCAGGUGACAGUGGUCACCAUGACCGGGCAAAAGGAGGAGAUUAUUGGCACUGUGCAGAUCAGCAUGGCCGAGUUUAACCCAGAGGAUUCCACAUUGAAGUGGUACAACGUGCUGAGCUCCAAGUUCAUUCCCAGCUUUGAAUCCCUGGACAUUCCCUCCACCAGUGCCGCAGCAGCAGCAGCUGCCGUUGCCGCCAGUAAUGCCCCAGCCAGUGGCAACAACCGGGAGGAGUCUUCGGACGAGUCCACCAUUACCUCCUCCCAGACGUCCACACUGACCAGAAACCAGGCGCCUUGCAUGGAGCUUCAGGAGCAAAUUGCCGCUGAAUUGCUGGAGCUGGGACCACUGAAUGAGCCAGAGUGCAGCGACGAUGAUGAUGACGAUGAAGAGGAGGAGUUGGAUGACAAGCAGCUCGUCAGCGAUGUUGGCCUAAUGAACUCAAGCGGCAUGCUGGAUGCCUAUCUGCAGAACAUGAAGCAGGAGUUCGCCGACAAGGAGACCAACACUGAGCGCGCUUUCCUGCCGGAGAAAUCCCGUGGGCAAUCGCAGCUGAUGGACGACAGGCCAGUGAAGCGAUCCCAGACCUUCACUCCCUCAGCGGCGGUCAGCAAGAAUCGCUAUAACUGCCGACUCAAUCGCAGCGACUCCGACUCCGCGAUGCACUGCGGCCUAGCGCCGCACACCUUCCAACGAGGCGCCGCCGAGCGACGAUCCCUGCGCUUCCACACCAAAGCGCCCAAGUCAGUCACAAAACUGCAUCAUACUCACAUACCCCGCACCAGUUUGGACUUGGAGCUGGAUCUGCAGGCCCAGCACAGCAAGCUCUACUUCCUCAACGAUCAAAUUGCCAAGCUGCAGAACCUUAAAGAAGUUUUGCAGAAGGCCUGUGAGAACAAGGAUCCCCUCGUGGCCGCCUGGGCCAUUGAGAACGAGGAGUUCCAGCGCCUGGUGGCUCGCGCCGAUCCUGCCAAAUGCCCAGAGGAGCGCCAACUGCAGAAGCUGCUGAUGAAGACCGCCAAAGAGAUCCACAAGCUGCGCAAGACCAAGGUGCCCAAGGGCUGUCCCGAUCUGGUGUCGUUCAAGGAGAAGAUCACCUUCUUCACUCGCAAGGGACUGUCGGUGCCCGAGUUGCCCAGUGAAUUUACCUUGCCGGAGGCCGAUCCCAUCGAAGAGGAAGAGGAGGAGGAGGAAGAGGACGAGGAUGAGUUCUACAAUUCAGCUGAGACGGCAAUCGCCAUCAACACGGCGUUGGUGGCCAGCAGCAACCGAAACAAGAAUCUCAGUGAGCACCACCACAGAGCCGCCAGUGGGGCAGUGCCCAAGGUACCAGCACCUACUCCCGCUCCAGCUGCCAAUCCUGUAGCUACUCCCGUUGCUACUCCUGCUGCCACUCCUACAGUUACUCCCGCUGCCACUCCUGUGGCUACUCCUGCUGCCACCCAUGUAGCUACUCCCGCUGCCAAUCCUGAGGCUAAGCCAGUCGCAUCCAACGAUGCCGAGCAACAGCGCUUCGACUACGUGGUGGACCGCAACUACGGCGUGGAGGUGUAGCCCCUUCCGCCACAACCCCCCAUCUUCGCUGUACAUUUUUGUAAUUAAUGUAGUAUUUAUUUUCACUAAGCAACAAGUAUUUAUGUGUAUAAACAACUGAUGUAACAAAUAUCUGUGCCUUAUAGAGAACGUGAACGUGAGAGAACGUCGGACCACGCUAGAAAUGAUAUAUCUACUAGACCUAAGCCCUAUACUGUAAUUAGAUUAGCCAAGAAGCCGCCUAGCCCUUCAUAAAACCAUAGUCAGUUGUACAAAUUGACCCCCACUGAUGACCAUAUAAGAGCAACUAAGAGAUACAAACCACCAAACCCAACGCCCCAAAACAAUUUGCCCGACCCAAAAAGAGAAAUCAAACCAUAACGCGCACAUUGUGCGUUCAAUGCCUUCAAAUUCAUAUUGAAACCAACUGUAUUCUUAAGACUUGAGCAAAAUUAUACGAAUGUUUAUGAAUAUUUUUAUACGCAUCUAGGAAUAGUUAUACCGCUUCGAUUACCCCAAGCCACAUAUACACAAAACGUGAGGAGAGAACGUGAAAUAUUUAUUAUAUUGAUGGAUCGGUCGGUGUAGCGCUCGAAUCCAAUCGGUUAGGUUAGUUAGCUUGCGUUUUUGUUAAGCUCAAUACGAAUUCUUAUACUGUAAUUUUUUUUAUAAAAAAAUCCUAUGCAAAAAAAUGAAACAACACAAAAAAAGUGAAUGUACCAUAUUAGAUAAUCGUCACUAUGUUAGCUUUAAGAGCGCCCCUAACCCCCCGACAAUGCCACCAUUGAAAAGCGCAUAAAAAGAGAUAAACUAUGAAAUGAGACCUUGUUAUGCUUUCCAAAGCGAACCUGUUAAAACUGUUGACUUUGAAACUUUGCCGUGGCGCACUGCGUUCGUAUGAAAAGAAAAGAAAUGAAAUUACCCACAGCUCUAGUUUAGUUCAGCUUUGCACGUGCAGUUUUCCAGGCUCAGUGCAAGCGUUGCUGUUGUUUAUGUUUUCACUAACCAGACCCACUCGAACCCAGCCCCUAAAGCCCAAAGCCCAGGCCCGACCCAAAAUCUAGCGAGUAGUACCAACAAACUGAAUCAGAGCCCGCAUACAUAUUUUUUCUAUACCAUAGUAAUUUUAGUUGUAAUAAAUUAUAUGAAAGUGAACCUGUAUAUUGUAAUUGUGCAAUAAACAAUCAAAAAAAUACUGACAUAACUGAA